GCCGUGCCGGAAGUGUUUAGGCGACGCACGAGACGCAAACCGGAAGUCGCUGGGAGGCCAACGGAUCGCUCGCUGUUUGGGAGGGGGGGGAGGCGGUUUCCCAGGCAGCGGACUUACAAGGAAGGGCCAAAGCAGGACUCCCAACCACGGCCGGUUCCCCCCACGCCCUGCCUCGCUUCCUCUGCCCCGGCUGCGACCCCUCGGCCUGACUCGGCCCGGCAUGAAGUAUUUCUCGACUGCCAUCGAAGAUGGCGUUUGUGCAGGAGCAGCAGAAAUGGGCUUUUCUCUUCCCUUUGGUAAGUGAACGUCUACCUUCUGGAAGAAGCCCGAGAAGACAAUGGCUCACAGCCAAGGAAGGAAAAGGUCUCGGAGUCGGAGCCGGAGCCGGAGCGGCUUCCGGAGCCAACGAGACGUGGAGAAGAAGAAAGUAAAGAAAAGGAGGAAGAGCAGCAAAGACUCCCAGGGCAGAAGGAGCCCUUCUCCUGCUGGCAAAAGAGGGCCUGAAUCUCCGAGGGCCCAGGCGGGCUUGGCUUCGGCCAAGGAUGUGAAAAAGAAGAGAAGGGAUAAGAAGAAAAGAAAAACGAGUGCCGCCACCACCUCUUCUUCUUCGGAGUCCUCCUCCUCCUCCUCGUCUGGAUCGACGUCCUCUUCCGAUUCUUCUCCGGGAGAGUCGAGCGAGGGUGAAUCCAAGCCGAGAAAGAGGAAGCCGAGCAAGAAGAAGCUGUCCAAGGAGAAGAAGCGGAGGGGCAAGAAGAGGAAGAAGAGGAAGAAGAAAGCAAAGAAGUCGUCGAAGGAGAGGGAGAAAGAGGGGAAGACCAAGAAAGAAGAGGUGCCAGGACCAUCUCUGGACCAGUGGCAGAAAGAGACAGUGGCAGACGCUGGGCCAGCCCUGACAGAUGAGCAGAAGUCCCGCAUCCAGGCCAUGAAGCCGAUGACAAAAGAAGAAUGGGACGCACGACAGAGCGUGAUAAGGAGAGUUGUGGACCCAGAAACAGGAAGGACGAGACUCAUCAAAGGCGAUGGUGAGGUCCUGGAGGAGAUUGUUACGAAGGAGCGCCAUAAAGAAAUCAACAAGCAAGCCACGCGGGGAGACGGCCUUUCCUUCCAGAUGAGGACAGGGAUGUUGCAGUAGCCGGCGGGUCCCCGAUGGACAAAGACCGAUGCUCUUUUUCAGAAGCAGGCCUGUGCCUCCCUGGCCCCUAAGGACUGUGCACCCACGGCGUGUUUUUGAGAGAAAGAAAGAGGGCUGGCGAGGGGGGCACUAAGAGCCUCUAAACUGAAGGGGCCGCCUGAGUCCCUCACCGGCUGGGCGGCAAGCCCUCCAGUUUUCCUAUGGGGGGGCGGCCAGUGGCCCUCAGCUGGAGCCCUCCAGGGGCGCUCCACCCACUGCCUUCAGCAUGUUUCCUUUGCUCCCCAACUCCCUUCCUGGAUGAAGCCAGUUGCUCUUGAAUCAAAGGGAAGUGAAUGGAGCCGGACUUUGUAGGAUGUGGAGAGGGAACGGGCACCCCCACCUGAAAGAAGCUGGCCAAACAGGGUGCCUCCUCCUCCUCCUCUUCCUCAGCAGAUGGACCGAGGGCAGCAGUACCUGGGCUCAGCCAAGCCAGGCAGGGAAUUGUGAAUUUGAAUUCUGUGGGUCUCCAUUCCCUGGGAAGAGCUGGUCGAGAGGCAGCCACUGCCGGUUCCCACGUUCACUGGGCUCAGAGGUCUGAAUGGAGGUAGGGAGCGACUGGGGAUCCCUCUCUUUUGAGUAUUCCUCGUUGCCCUUGUGG